UUUUCACUCUGCAUGUACAUCUCUUAGAACCACAGACUCUGGCUGAAGCCUUAGAGAUGAUGAAGUUACUGGCAGCAUGAGGUGCUUUCCCGGGGACAUGGGUUCAUUGAGCUGUGUUCUUCCUGUGCUUCCUGGCCUCUUUUACCUAAGUUCAACGAAUCCUUGCUAGCAGAGCCCAGUCCUGGCCUGUUCAGCAUGUCUGAGAAAUCAUAGUUUCUGCAUGCUGCAGAAAGCAAGCGAGGCUGAGAAUGGAAAAGGCUACCCACAGCAAUCAGGAAGUUAAGAAACAUGUGCGCCUGCAAGAUCGAAGGGGCUCCAAUGUGUCAUUGGUGUUGGACAUGAGUUCUCUGAGCAAUACUGAACCCAUUGUGCAAAUCUCCACUCCUAGAGAUGUCACAGUGCAGUUUUUGAACACUGCCAGUCAUGUCCUCACACAGAAGACGCUCCAGGAAUGGAGCUGCAAUCUGGAAGAGCUUCAAGAGGAGUUUGCGAAAAUCCCCUCAAACUUCAUCACUCCGGAAGAACUCAAAAUUCUUGGCCGGGCAGCGAAGGAUAGAUACAAAUCCAUCCUACCAAAUCCCCAGAGCCGUGUCUGUCUCAAGAGAGUCAACAGCCAAGAAGAGGAGUCUUACAUAAAUGCAAAUUACAUCCGGGGUUAUGCUAACCAGAAGAAGGCCUAUAUUGCCACACAGGGACCCAUGCUAAAUACAGUCAAUGACUUCUGGACAAUGGUGUGGCAAGAGGAAACUCCACUCAUAGUUAUGCUCACCAAACUCAAAGAAAGGAAAGAGAAAUGUAUCUGUUACUGGCCUGAAAGAGAAGCAUCCUAUGGACCAUUUAGAAUUCAAGUCCAAGACAUUUGGGAAUGCGAUGACUACACCAUUCGUAGCUUUUCCCUGCAGUUCAAAGAUGAAUGUCGCACUGUGAAACACAUUGUCUUCUCAUCCUGGCCAGACCAGAGGACACCAGAAUCAGCCAAGAUGCUCUUGCAUUUGAUUCUUGAGGUGGAGAAAAUUCUGAAGGCUGCCCAAAACAAGGGACCAAUUGUUGUGCACUGUAGUGCAGGCAUUGGACGGACAGGCUGUUUCAUUGCUACUCAUAUUGGAUGCCAGCAACUAAAAGACAAAGGAGAAGUAGAUAUUUUGGGAAUUGUCUGCCAGCUACGCAUAGACAGAGGUGGAAUGAUACAAACCAGUGAACAGUACCAGUUUGUCCAUCAUAUACUUGCUAUGUAUGCCUCACAGCUUUCCAAGUUUACAGACAACUAAUCCAUCAUACUGUGGUAGCAAGAGGAAUUGUUUAUAUCUUGACACUUUGCUUGGAGAUAGCUCAAACAAGAACUGUUAGGUUGUUGGUUUUAUAUAAAAGGAAUUUAGCUGGAUGUAGAGUUUUAAUUUCAUUUUUUAAUGUUUUGAACUUCCUGUGUAAGUUUUGUAAACAUAAUAUUCAAGUUCAUUAAAAAUGCUGUUGUGUUAAAUACACACACACACACACACACAAACAGCUGCACAUCUCAAUCCUGGACUGACCAGGUUAUGUUGUUAAGGUCUUUUCCCAAUGUCUGGAGGCUGUGGAAAUUCUGGAUGGGAAACAAAAGGCUCAAGCUUGAUUCUGACAGUGAUGAGUGGUUAUGGUUUUGGAUUGAUUGAGACCAGUGCCAUCCAUCUUGAGUCAUGAAUAAGCUUGCAGUUUUCCCUUCAGAACUGAUAUACAAUAUGGAGGUAUUCUUAAACUCACAUCUCCUACUUAAGAAGCAGGUAGCAGCUAUGGCUAAGAAGGCCUUUGCACAAAUCUAUCUUGUGUGCCAGUUAUAAUCCUACCUGAACCAGAUAGUUGUUCAGUUAGUCACUCUUUAUCAUCCUCACAUAUGAGUCUUGUAAUGCAGUCUAUAUAGGGCUGCCCUUGAAAAAUACUCAGAAGUUGCAACUGGUCCAGAAUGUACCACUAUGGGCAAUUAUGGAUGGGUCACAUGAUGGUUGUGAAAUCAUAUCACAAUUCAGUGUGUUGCUUAUCCUGGUAUGUUCCAGGUCAAUUAAGAAGUGUCAUGUAAUGAACUUAAAAAAUAUGGCUUCUUGGUCACAGCACUUGCUCUCUGGAACAUUUCCCCUGAGACUUGUUUGGCUCUUACCCCAUCUGAGUUGAAAGAAACCCUUAAAAUCUGACUGUUUCCCCAGGCCUUGGGUUAGAUUGUAUUGCAGGACCUGUGGAUUUUAUUAAUUUAAAAUGAACAGUUUUCCUUUCUUCAGAUUCUUGUGAUUUUACUUUUAUUUUUUAUAAUUAUUUCAUUAAUACAUGAUGUCCAGAAUUGCUAUGGAGUUAAGAAGCACUAUUAAUUGGUUUGUAUUCAGUCAUGAAAUACAGUCUGAUUUAAACAAGGUACUUUAAAUGAGAAAGCGAGUCUUCCAUGCAGAGGCGAUCACAUUUAAAUAUAUGGUUAACUUACAAAAUAUUCAAUCAGUCUGUAAGCAUUAACACACAAUAGGUUAGCUGAAUGUAUUAUUGGCUUGCUAGUGUUGUGUUCAGAUGGAUGAGUAUAUAAAAUAAGCAUAUUUUAUAUACUUAAAUAAAAUUGGAAAACAUAUUGUAAGAUAUUUCUUUCCACCCCGUUUUUUAUACAGUAAGUUAGACGCUCUGUAACAAACCAAUUAGGGCUAAAAUACAUAGGAAGUUGCCUUAAAGCAGUGCUUCUCAAUUAUUUUCUGUCAUGCCCCCCUAGGAAGAAGAAAACAUUUUUCGCGCCCCCCGCGCGACUGUAAAUAGACAUGAACACGGGGCUUAGCUUGUUAUGACAGUGUUUGCCGAGGUCAAACGCGCCCCCCUUUACGGAGCCUCGCGCCCCCCCUGGGGGGCGCGCCCCACUAUUUGAGAAGCACUGCCUUAAAGUAAGCCAAAGCGCUACUCCGCUUUGCUCAGCAUUGGUGAUAUUAUCUGAAAUGUGGAUACCAACUUUCCCAGCCAUAUUUUCAGGUGUCUGGUAAAAUCCACAAUAACAUAUUACAGGUCAUAUUGUCACGUAGAUGUCACAGGUUAAAGUACUGUAUGUAGUCUGUGUCAUUUGCAUAGCAGUAUCGUAUGAGAAUAAUACCACUUGUACUCAUUGUCAAGCCUAGCCAUAUCUGGAGGCAUACAGAAUAAAUGUUCUACCUCUGAAUUGUGUAUUUUUUAAUUAUGUUUUCUCUCACUGUAGAAAAAAGUAAAGCAUGUUUGUUAAAAGACUAAA